UCACCUACUGGAGGAUUCAAACCAAGGGAGCUGAGAGGCUGGGGGAAAGGAGAAAGACAGAUGCACAAAAACUCUGUCUUCCUUCUUUUUCCAGAACCCUGUUUGAUUGUCUGCGACAUUUCCUGUGGCUCUGAUUUUAUUACCCUGAGCACUCCCUCCCCCCAUCCCUUCUCCAUGAAAUGUAGUCCAUUACCACCACAAAAAUGAGUGCUUUCUUCCGAAGAUGAAGACAUAAUGAAGUGUAGAGGGGUUCAUUCUUUGUAGUCUGAAGUCCUUUCUUCCACCUUUACAGCACAGUAAGUGUUCAGAAAAUACCUACAUGGGUAAGUGUGGAAUUUCUUUAAUUUGGAAGUACAAUGAAACCUGAGAAUGGACUACAUUUCCUCUAAAUGACUACCAUGGGCCCAGACCUGAAGUGUAAACUUUCAGUUGCUUUGUCUGUUGACAUCUUUAAUGUGAUAGGAGUAGUCAUAGUGAUUCUUAUCAAAUAGUUUUUCUAUAACUAGAUUUGCUUUUUAGUAGAAUAUCCACCUUUUAUUAUUUGCUCCUCAUUCCCACUAUUUGCUUCAUAACUAUGCUUCAGAAAAACUUUGUCAUAUUUUUAUUCUCUCCUACCAUAUGAAGAAAGUGAACUCCAAUUAACUGGUCAUGAUAAAGCUACCAUUGCCUUAGACCUUUCCCUCUGAAAGUAGAAAAGACCAGACCAGACUGUUGAUUCUCUCUUGAUUACUGUUUCUAGGAAUGGCGAGCUUUUUAAGUUCUGGAUGCUCAAGGUGAGUUGUUCAUCUCCUCAACCAAUACCAAGUUACUAACAGACUUGAUAAAAUGCAUAAACACAACCACAGUGCAUCAAUACAUUGUUUUUCAGUUCAUGUCUUGCUCUGUGCUUGUAGUACUGCAUGUAAGCAGAAAUGAAGCUGGUUCAGUUUUUAUUUUUGUAGAAAAUACUUUUGCAGGCAGAAAGUUACUAAUACAAUAAGUAGACUUGCUGUGCUACACCUGUUCUCUUUAUAUUGUAUGAGCUGCGGAGAAGAAAGCAGGUCAGAGAUCCACUUUGGAAUGUUGCCUGGUCUCAGUAACAACUCAGUUUACAUCAUUCACGUUUACAAUCAACAGAAGAGAAUAAAUGUGGAAAAUUAUGGUCCAUUUAUAGCCCAUCAGUCAUCAAUCUCACACUCUAGCAGGAAUCUAGGAAGCAGAAAUACUCGUGAUCCUAAGCAUUUCUGGGUCUCUAGAGAGUGAGUCCUCUGUGUCCCUGAAGACAGUUGGCAUGGCAUUAUCUUUCACUUUCCCUUUUUGAAAUAACUAUAUAACUUUUUUAUGUGUGAAUAGCUGGUAUAUGUAUUACUCCUGAUAUGGUUAUAUCACUCCAUAUGUCAAUAAAGAAGCAGAAGGGUAGGAAUGACCUUGGGAUUUUGAUGAAGGUGAAUCAGGGAGCAUCCUGGAAGCGCGUUGGGCAGCAGAUGACUUUUUCCAAAUAUAGUAGGCUGGCAGUGGUAGAGAAUCACAUGGGUGGUUCUCUUUCCUACAAGUUUUUAAUUCCAGCAGAACAGAUCUGUCUGUUUUCAAGAGGAAAAUGUUGACAUAUCUUGCUGUUUGAAAAAUGUCAUGUUUUCUAAUGAUGAUUCAAUUUCAACAUGUGAAGAAAUGAAAUUACUUCACAAGGAUUAUAGAUCUCCAUAUUAAGUAAAUUACAUCGUAUUCCAUGAAGAAAAGCCUUUCAGGGUAUAAGGGAGCUUUUGAUGCUUUGUACUAUUGAGAAGAACACUCCUUCAGAAAAUGCACAGCUGUGACCAGAGAAGGUAUCAAAUGCUCAGCAGCAGGCCCUAGAGUGAUAUAUCUUAUUUGAAGACUUCAUAUCCAAGAUUUGAAGUCAUCUUUAUCCACAGGCUUAAGGAACUUUCACAAUUUGCAUUGUCAUCUUCCUGAGUGCCCCCACAGAGCAUCCCUGUCCAGCCCUCCAAGGCUCACCCACCCUGCCCAGGGCCCAGGACCCCAUGUCAGCACCCCUGGUGCCCCUGGCUGCUCCUGGCUGGGGGUGGGAUGGGCCCUGGCUGCCAGAUCCCACCCUGACCCACCAUGGGGAGCCCCCCACAGCUCCCAACCCUCAGAGAUGGUUUGUAUUGAGAGAUACUUUGUACUGCUCAGUAUUAUUUAGAGCUAGAGAGAAAUACCUGUAAAAUAAAAGUUUUUUAUGCACUCGCUGGAUUCUCAAGCACCAGUGGACUCUCUACAGCAGAAAGGAAAAUUUAACCAGCUAACGGCUUGUUCCUGUUCUAUGAAAUCAAGAGCUGUGCAAUUACUCUAAUUUGGUAAGAAUCAGGAGGGAAGUGAUGAACAUCAUAUCUUGCAACACUUCCGAUGGCACGACAGUUCCCAAAACACAGUCUGCAAGGGAAACAGCCCUAUUUAUAGGCAUGCUAUCACUUAAAAUCUGAGUCUUCCUAUCUCCUCUGAGCCUGAAGUCUAUGAUAGAAAGGUAAACCAGAUAAAGACAUUCUGAAAAUGAAGAAACAUGGUCAGAUGGUGUAGAAGCAGACAUACGAGCAAGUCAGACUACACAAAUUCAGGGUAGAGUGGUUCACACUGGCAUCCUUCACCUCGAGCAAGUUUCACUGUUCUCUCUCUCCAAGAAGGAAGAGAUGGUGGCUCCUCGUGCACUCAUCUCCAUGACCCAGUGGAUGCUGCUGAUCACCCAGUUGUGUGCUGGCUGGCACUGCACAGACUUGGAAAUGCCAGACUCACCUAUCAGAAAUUUGAUGCUGGAUCAGUGGAAAAUGGAACUGAAUUGGAUGAGCAGCAUGAAUUUCACUGAGGACUGGUGUUCAGUGACUGCAGGAGAUUUUUCCAUGACUGUAAUGGCAGAGGACAUGAAGUGCACAUUUGGAAAUAUAGCACCUCCUCUGCACAAUGGAGCAAGCUUUUCUGUCACAGCUGUGAACAUGAAUGGCACAUACUCAACCGUAUGCAGAUAUAUUCCUCAAGGCAUAAAUGGGUCAGCCAUUGAAAACUUCUCCUGUGUGAUUUAUAACGUUUCCCUCAUGAACUGCACGUGGCAGGCAGGCAGGGAUGCUCCAGAAGACACUCAGUACUUCCUCUACUGGCAGAACUCGAGGUAUGAUGAUGCAAUGGAAUGUGAGCUUUACAUUAGAGAUGAAAAUGGCAGAAACACGGGAUGUAGAUUCCAAAAUGUGAGGAUAGAUGUUAAUAAAGCUUAUUUCCUGGUGAACGGGUCUAGCAAGGACUCCCUGAUCCAAUUCUAUGAUGAGUACAUUCAAUUGUAUGAAAUUGAAAAUCUCAUGCCUCCAUCAAAUAUCACUGUCAAUUGUGAUGAAAUUAAAAAUGAUUGCAUAAUCCAGUGGCAACGACCCCAAAUAAAUCACUCUAACCAAGACAAGUGUUUUAAAUAUGAAAUCAACAUAAAGUAUAAGGAUAAUCCUGAGGGAAAACCCAUAUACGCUUCUAUACAAGAAGGGGGAAGUAGUCACAUAUUGCAUAGAUCCAAUGCAAGAAAGAAGUACCUCUUGAAAAUGAGAGCAGCUGGCAGUACCUGCCUCGUGAGCCCAACCUGGGGGCAGUGGAGUGCACCCGUUGAGUUUGUAAAUGAAGAAAUUAUUUCUUCUUCAGUAUGGAUUUUACUUGUGGUAGCAGCUGUGACACUCUUAAUGGCAAUCAUCACAAUUUUGCUCUGCAAAAGGACUAGCUGUUGGGAAGCAGCAUUUCCACAAAUCCCAGGGCCAAAAAAUGCAUUUAAUGGACUGCCUGAUACAAAUCCAGAGCUGAUGGAGAGCAAAAUUCAGACAAUAACAUCUGAAAAUGAAGAGAUAAUAUUAGUUUCUGAUGUAGUGAAAUAACAAAGAAACUGAGGAAUUUUAAAGUGCAUUUUGUAGCUCAGGCAACUUUAUAUUCCUGUGGAAAGCCUAGAAUCACUUUCCUCCUCCUUUUGGCAAAAACAGAAAUGCAGCCAAGAAAGAAUGAUACCUCACAUGUAAUUUUUUAAAAUGCCAUUAUAUUUUCUUUUAAUUUUGGCUAACUUUAACUGUUUGGGUAACUUUUCCUGAUCGGAUAUCUUCCAUUUGGUGAAUAUGAUUGAAAUAUUUCCAUUGAGAAGUUUUAGGUGCAUUUUAAUUUGUUUAAGGAAAAACAAUGGGUUUGUCUUACAUUAAAAAGAAUAAGAAUGAAUGUAUUGAGAUGAAUAAAUUUUUUUAAAAAAAAAUCGAUGGUGUAUGAAC